UAGCACAGACUUCCUGUAAGUUUAACUUAGUGUGAAAUUAACCAUUUACUCUGAGUCACUGAAUGACUCAUAAACAGUUUAAAUGACCAUAUAUUAUAUUACAUUAUAUUAUAGACCAAGCAUUUGGCCACAUACAAUAUUAUGUGGAAAGUGGUUUGUGUCUAUGAAUAGGAGAGUAAGCCCCUGCCUUUUAUCCUCUUGUGGGCUUCUAACUGGUUUGUCGAGCUCCGCCUCAUUCACUGGGUGCAGUUGAGUUCAAAGGGCUAUGUGAAAUAAAUCUCCAAAUCCCUUGGAGAUUUAAUAAUUAUCAAAUUUUGCAUGUGAUAAGCUAUUGUCCCUUGAAAUAUUUGGUUCCGAUUAAACAAGUGGAAACAGAUACAACCUUCACCUGUUGGACAACAACUAAAUUUUCCAACCAAAGCCACAGAUAUUUGAAUGGUUUGUGACUAUUUUUGCAUGUCUGGAUCGUUAUGGCUACAGCUGAACACUGCAUUCCCGAAGGUUCAGGUAACUUGAGUUAACGCUGCCACAUACUACAUUCAUGUAAGUAAGAAAAAGCAUUAAUUUGAAUUGUGAAAGGACUGACAAAGUGUUUUCUGAGCAAUGCAACAGGUUUACUUAUGAGAAAGUAUGGGUUGAAUGAGAAUCUUUUGUUACAUUACACUAGACACGGGUGCCUGUGAAGGGAGGGGCAUGAUGACAGAUGAUGUGGUCUGAUGUGCUUUGAACAUCACCUCAUUCGAGAAAUACUUCUCAGUCGGACAGAGCCACAAUGUCUGAUAAGUAUAUAAAGAACUGCAAGUUAUUUACGACGGACAUUGUAAUUGCAUGCAUUUUUGAAUUUCCUUUAGCUCAUCCACUCUUAAGAAAAUAGAUUAAAUUCCAUCUGAACCAAAGAUCCACCACAUCUCCCAAGAUGGAUAAGUUUCGUAUGAUGUUCCAGUUUCUCCAAUCCAACCAGGAAUCUUUUAUGAAUGGGAUCUGUGGUAUCAUGGCACUAGCUAGUGCACAUAUGUACUCUGCCUUUGAGUUCAGCUGCCCCUGUAUGCCAGAAUACAAUUACGCCUAUGGGAUUGGACUGCUUAUCAUUCCACCUAUAUGGUUCUUUAUGUUAGGUUUUGUAUUGAACAAUAAUGUGUCAGUGCUAGCAGAGGAGUGGAAAAGACCCACGGGGAAACGGAUGAAGGAUCCAGCAAUCCUUCGCUACAUGUUUUGUUCAAUCACACAGAGAUCCUUGAUAGCACCUGCAGUGUGGGUGUCUGUCACUCUCAUGGAUGGGAAGAGCUUCCUCUGUGCUUUUAGCAUCAGCUUGGAUAUUGACAAGUUUGGGAAUUACAGCCUCGUGACAGGGAUGUCAGAGACAGAGAAGAUAAAACUGCUGGCGAGGAUUCCCUGCAAAGACCUAUUUGAGCAUCAGGAAAUAAGAGUGGCAGCAUCACGAUACAUAAAGUGUAUAUCACAGGUAUGUGGAUGGAUGUUUUUGCUCAUGUUGACCUUCACGGCCUUCCUGAUCCGAGCUAUUCGACCAUGCUUUACUCAAGCCGCCUUCCUCAAGACCAAGUACUGGUCUCAUUACAUUGACAUUGAGCGCAAGAUGUUCGACGAUACCUGUAAGGAGCAUGCCAAGAGUUUUGCCAAGGUUUGCAUCCACCAGUACUUUGAGAACAUCAGUGGGGAGAUGCGCAGCUUCCACCACCACCGCUCCAGCAAGGACAACAUGGAAGAUGAAGACGAAGAGAAGAAGAGAAGUGAUGAUGAAAAACUUCUGGGUAUCAGGGCCCAGGAUGAUAUGAAUAAAGUUUUAUGGAACUGGCACACCUGUAAGCCAGCUCUGGCUCUGAGAAAGGACCAAAUAGAUGGUGAAAACAAAGGCAGACUGAAUGGAGAGGCCAAUGGAGCAGCAAACGGAUUUGUAAAGGGACACACCCAUGACGUGGAGAAAAAGGAAUGGGCAGUGUAUUACAGUAAGGUCUGAAGAGCUCAAAAGGACAAAGAAAAGCUUGCACUUCUUUAACUUUCAGACAAUUAUAUUGUUGGGACAACUUUACAUUUAGUUAUUUGUCAAAGUUAGUUAGAAAUAUAAUUUUGUGAUUCAGUUGAAUUAUAUUUUUGCUUCAAUGCAUAGAACAUAUAAAUAAAUAUAAAGUGAAUUCAGUGCAAUGUAUAAUAUGACUGGUACGAUACUUGAGCAUGAUCCCCUCAAAAUGAAAAAAAAUUCAGACUCUCAACAUAUUUCUGGUUCACAUGCAGUUCAGUUUACUCAAGAUGUCAAGUACUGGAUGUUGUUGGAGUUGUUUUUACUGUUGCCACAACUAUGUUUUAUAUACAAGUCAUGAAUUACUGAAAUCACACUGCUCUCUGAGGGAUAGAGCUUAGCAAAAAUCUGAAGUCUGUAAAUUGUAGGCUGCAGAAGUGGAGCUGCUGUAUCAGGCUGAUAGUAAAGCAUUAUUACAACACACA